AUGCCUGUAAGUUGGUUGGAGCUGAUGGAGGAAAUAUCAGGAUUGCGUUAUGAAAGCCAAAAGUCCUUCCGCACCAAGCAGAAGCUUGCCAAAGCCCAGAAGCAGAACAGACCUAUCCCACAGUGGAUUCGGUUGAGAACUGGCAAUACCAUCAGCUACGACGUCGACUUCUAUAUACCCCGCGACAGGACAUCGAUCAAGCUCAACGAACACAGACCAGAACGCAAGCAUAUUCUCACAGAUGCAUCCGCGAAACCACCACUUGGCCUGUUGAGAACUACAAACUAA